AUGCUUUACCGUUUAAUCUCUGCACUCCUUUUCAUAUCUUCCAUUCUUUCAUCGCAUAUCGUUAAUGGCGCCCCUCUCUCCCCACUCGCCGCAAACGACUCUUCAGUCCUACAACUGUCAAGUUCUGGCAUCAAUUACGAGUUUAUCAAAGUCCAGAUUCUCGCCCCUGCUAAUGAAAGACACAAGAUGUCGGCGUCAGCACUAACAGUAUCAGCCACCCAUGCCUCCGGUUCUGUCGUGAAAAUAGUGCAUAACAUCUUUCGGGGUGGCCGUAUCACAAUCAACUUUCGAAUCUACAUUCGAGUCCCAAUCCUCAUCUCUGUCUUCAUCGUACUCUGUUUAGGGGUCAUGGCAUUCGUAUCAGAAUUCGAAGACGACGACGAAGAGACAGAGGAUAGUGCCUGCUCUACUACUUCGGACGGCGAGAAGAAAGCUCUCAUAGAUCCGCCUCUUCAGUAG